UUGGCCUUUCCUUCCUUAGAGGCCGAAUGCGGAAUUCCCUACGAUAAAAAACGCAAGUCAACUAAAAAGAGAACUAGGAAGUGAUGUACAUUGUACAAUCAGGCCAUGAGCCAGCUUAUCCCUGUUAAAAAAAAAUUAAAUAAUAUAUAGAAUUCUCAGUCACAGCCCAGUAUGGAUAAGUUUCAUCGUGACCAGAUUCGUAAGAAUCGACUUGCCCUGAUUCAAGACAUGGAACCGGGGCCAGUUGCAGAUUAUUUGGUCCAGGAAGGAGUUCUUACUGAUGCCAUGUUGGAAGAUAUAGAGGCGGCAAGGACAAGGAGGGAUAAAGUGUCCAAAAUUUUGGAUGAUAUUCCCAGAAGAGGGCCUGGUGCAUUUGAACACUUUUACAAUGGGCUUAUCGAGACAGAACAACCGCACCUUGCAGACCUUAUAUGGCCAGAUCGUUUGUCACAAACUCGUGCUAAAAGUGCAGGCCGCAGAUCUCUGAUAGCACAAGUAUCUGAGGAUAGAGAUGAUGAAGACGAUGAUGAUAAACUCCCUGAAAAAUUUCCAACUGCAGACAUAGCAGACUUUAGUGUGAUAGACAAACUUAUAGAUGUAAAGGAUCCUGAACUGAAGGCCUUGCUGACUAACCCUAAAGAGAGUACCUAUAAAAACUUCUCCCAGCCCAAGGGGAGAGCUGUGAUCAUCAACAAUGUGCUGUUUGGUGGCGAUAAGGAUAGGAAAGGCUCGGAGAAGGAUGCCACACAACUACAGCGACUGUUUGAGAAAUUGAAUUAUAAAGUUGUUCUUCACUCUAACUUGACUGCUGAGAAAAUGCUGGGAAUGUUGAAGGAGGAGUCUAAGAACUCAGACCAUGCCAGGCACCAUUCCUUCAUCCUAAUCAUCCUCAGUCAUGGUGCCAAUGAUGUCGUUUAUGGAACAGACUGGAAGAAAUUGUCCAUUCCUGUUAUAACUGAUAUUUUCAAUGGGAAGAACUGCCCAUUCCUUGUGGACAAACCAAAAUUGUUCUUUAUUCAAGCUUGUCAAGGAGAAAAUUAUGACAAAGGCUCGGGGGACACGCAGGCAGAUGGUGGUGACCUUGCUGAGUACUUCAGUAGGCUGGAACUGGCAGGGAGGCAAGAAGAGAGAACGGACAGCAGUGAUGUGUCCGUUCCAACAAUGGCGGACAUACUAGUUGCUAUGGCAACCACACCAGAUUAUGUUUCCUGGCGCAAUGAAUCCCUAGGCACUUGGUUUAUCAUAGCUCUUGUUUAUGCAAUCAGUAAAUAUGCCCAUAAGUAUGAUAUUUCUCAGAUACUCACCAAGGUAAACUACUUGGUAAGCAAAGGAGAGACCAUCAAGGGCAAAUAUCGUCAAGUUUCACAGUGGAGGAGUUCUCUCCGAAAAAAGUUCUAUUUCUUUCCUGGUUUACAUCAGAGCUAAGACCAAGAAGUGCUGCCCUCUUCUGGACAUACUGGAACAUGAUGUACUGUGAUGAACAGUCUACAGGCGGCAGUGUGAUAAUUCUAAUUCAUCUCAGGACAAUUUCAAGCAGCAAUCUGUGACACCAUCAUGUGUAGUCCCUGAGUUGUGCUUUUGAAGCCUUAAAAUGAACAACUUCUAUCAUAUCAUAGCUGGUUCAUUCCACAAAAUAUUGACUGUCUGAUGCAUGUUAUUUUGUGUAAUAUUUGCAUAUGUUUUACAUCAAUUUUUGACUACUGUCCACUUCGUUCCACUUUUAAUGGUAUUAAAGCAUAAAAUAUCAAAAAUAAUGGUUUAUGUUAGAAUAUAUAAAAUAUUACACAAAAUGGAUCAUUGAUAUUGCCUCCAAAAGUCACUUUUUUUGAGGAGUGACACACAUAUGAUAAUCAAAACUCAUUCAUUAAAGGUAGCAACAUCCUGUGGAUGUCCAUGAAGUAAAGCUGUAUUGUGCCUAAAGGUAUGGGGAAAUAAAAUAACAAGAGGAGUAUUCCCAACUCCAGCUUCAUCAUGUGUUGUAUAUGAAAUUUGGAAAAGUUGUCUAAUCUGUCAUUAGACAGCGUGAUUCUUACUGCUAGAGAGUGAUCAUUCUAUGAAGAAAUUUUAUGAAAUGCUUCAGCUUUUCAGCAGAUUUCUUUUUUAUCAUUAAUGAUAUGCCUGGAGUGUAUUUUUAUCAACUGAUCUUUAAGACUGAUGUAUAUAAUUGUUUUUUAAUGGCAUGCUCAUGGCAGAAGUUUGCUGACAGAUACUUGUCUACAGUCGAGUUUGGGCUAUAAGAACGGUUUAUCUCUAGUGACAUUGGAUUUCUUUAGUAUUCACUGAUGAGACUUUUCCGACUUUUGUCGGAAUUCUGACUUUUUCAGGGUCAUUUGGGUAAUUCUUGUGAAUUGUGUAAAUCCUACUUUUUCAGUGAGGACUGGUCUCAUGCCUGAGUAUUGAAUAAAUGUUAAUUUUGCAUUACAGUUAGUUAUAUAAUUACUACGUAAAGCAAAGCAUAAUGAAGCUGGUUUCUUAUCAGAUUUAAAUGUGUUUCUUGGAUUCUAGUGACCAGCGUUCUUUGUUACAACUUACGUUUAUACGAUAGGUUAUUAAAAGAACAGAUUCUAGAUAAUCGUGUUAUAGUAGCGGUUACAGUUCCUCACACUGCUAUAUCAUCUCAGAGAUCGCCCUGUGUACCUGUGAUAUCAUGGAAAAAGUGGUGUGCCCUAGUUUUAUUUAUUUGUUUUGGACCAAAUACUUUCAAACCAGUUUUCACUUUAUCUUAUUCUGUGUAAUCCGUUAAUUCCGCAGAUUUGUAUUUUGUAUGAAGCGCUUUGUGUAACAAUCUGGGUGUUUUUGAAAUGACAUUGACAAUGUAACCUUAAUAAAUUGUUGAAAGCA